AUGACUUUAUUUCAUUUACGAGAAUUUUGGACAACAAAUCUUGGUAAUGAUGAAGAAUUUGAUAAAUGUUCAAUUUGUGUAUCAAACAUUGAUAAUGAACCAGAUGGAUUUGAUAAAAUAAUCAUUGGAAGUUUUAAUGGAAUUCUUCGUGUAUUUAAAAUCAUAUUGAAUAAUGAUGCAAUUAAAAAUGAACAAAAUCUUUUCCAAAUAUCUGAUCUAUUGUUGGAAGUUGAUUUUAAAAAUCCAAUAUUACAGAUUGCAUCCGGUUAUUUAUUAAAUUCAGCCAAUGUACAGUUGGCCAUUUUACAUCCAAACAAAUUAUGUGUUUAUUCAAUUUCUUCUACAACCGGUGUGACCGAUCAUGGAACAUCUUACAAUAUUCUUUUGAUCUAUGAACUUAAAUUCAAUCAUAAAGCGACCAAUAUGUUAAUAGGACCAUUAGGACAAACUAAAGGAAAUGAUAUUAUUUGCGUACAAAAUAUGGAAUCCAUGUUUGAAUUCUAUGAAAAUGAAACAUUUUCAUUCGGUUAUCAUUGGAAUCGUACCGGAUCGAUUAGAUUUCCAAUGGAAUUCACCUAUAUUCCUAAUCGUGAUCUCAUUGUUCUUGUUGAUGAAUUAUAUGCAAUUCAAUGUUAUCAAUAUCAAGAAUUGGCAAUGAAUUCAACGACAAAUGUACAAAAUGAAGAUGGAAGAAAAGUUUCCGUUUCCGAUUGGUCAUAUGCAUUUGGUGAACCAAUCAUUGAUAUACAAACAGUAAAAUUAGACAAAUGGUAUGUCGUUAUAUUGGGUGAAAAAAAUCUUUGCAUUCUUCGUGAUAAUGGAACAUUAUUUUUUGUGAAAAAAUUUGAUGCCAAUCCAAGUUGUCUUUGUGCAUUUGCAAAUGAUCAAAAAGAUUCAAUAAUCACAUUGAUUGGAACACAGAUGAGCAACAUGUUGGUCUAUCAGAAUGAUAUUCUACGAUGGGCAACAAAAAUUCCAUUCAUUCCUGUCGCUAUUCGACGUGCUAAUCUAAAUGAUAUUGCCGGAAGCAUUGUGUUACUAUCGGAUCAAGGACAAUUGACUGUUGGAUAUCUUGGAACGAAUCCAUCGUUACGUAUAAUAGCAUUACCAUCACUAGCUGAUUCACAGAAUAAUGAAAAAAUCGAAGAAGAAUUAAGAGAAUUGAAAAAAAUUAUCAAUUUUGAACAGACAAACAAUAAUCCAGCUGAACGAGAUAAUCGACUAGCCAAUGCAAUUAAUUUGAAUCUAAUUGAAUGUCAUAAAAAUCAUGUGGACAAUUUGACCAUGAUUAUUGAAAUGAUUCCAUUGACAACGAUUUCUAAAGUGAAAUUAAUGCCACAUCAAAAUGAUUUUUAUGAUAUCAUACCAAAUGAAAUGAUCAUUGAUAAUCUGGAUGAUAAACAACGAUUUAAUGUUGAAAUAAAAUUCAAAAUAAAUCUAUUACCAUUAUCAACGAAAAUCAAAUAUGCAAUCAUUUAUUCAAUUGAUAAUGUUUCACGAAUCAUUACGAAAAAUUUACAUAUUCCAUUCGAUUGUUUGGUCAAAUUAAUAUCAUCAUCAUCAACAUCAGCAUCGAAUGGUAGACAAAAAUAUUCGAUAAAAUUAACCAUAUCAAAACAAUCAUUGGAUAUAAAAUCAUCACAAUUAUUAGCAAAUCUAUUCGAUGAUUUAUUCGAUAAUCAAACCAAUUAUUUUAAUUCAAAUAGUUUUUCAUUUUGUUUUCAUAAUUAUGAACAAAUUCAAUCGACAAUCAAAUUGCAAUCAAUGGAAAAUAUUCUGUUUAUUGUUGAAAGUAAUGAUCUAAGUGGCCUAUACGUAUCGUUUCAACAAUUAUUACGACGAAUCACAAAUAAAUGGACACAAAACAAAUCAACAACCAUUAAAAUUGAAUCAAUUCAAUUGAAUUUUAAUCUUAUCGAUCAUCUUCGUAUGGCCAUACGUCAUCGUAUGGAAAGAAAAAUUCAAUUGAAAAAAUUCAAAGAUGAAGUGGCUAAAUUUUCACAACAUCAUCGUGUAUUACAGAAACGUAUACUAGUCAAAUCGAAAGAUAAAACACCAGCAUCAUUGAAUAAUUUAUCCAAAUUAUUAACAUUAAUUCAAAAACGAAUAACCAAAAAUAUUGACAAAAUUAUGCAUUUUGAAAAAUUAAUGAACAUUUGUAAUUAUCAUGUUUGGACCAUUCUAAAUAUUUGGCGAUUAAUAUUGGAAAAAAGUAAAAAAUCACAUUCAUCGGAUAUGUGUGAAAAAUUCAUGAAAUUAAUUACAAUUCAUCAAUUAUCAAAUUUUAAUAUCGAUUGGGAAGAAUUAUUUCUAACAAGCAUAUAUGAAAUAUUUCAAAUGAAUAAAGAUCUAGCCAAUAUGGUGAACAUUAUUGAUCCAACACAACAACAACAACAACGAAACAAUGAACAUUUCUUACGUAUAUUCAAUCAGAUUCAGGAUAAAUUAUCUAAUGAUUUAAUUCCAAUUGAAUUUUGAUAAUUAUUAAAAUGAAAAAAAAAAUU